UUAAAACCUUCUCUCUCUAAAACCCUUUGGUUUCAAAUUUUGUCAUCGAUCUCUCUUUUCUGAAAGUAAAGGCUCCUUCUUUCUCACUCCAAACCUACUGCGUUUUGCUUUCUAUGUGUGCUCGGCAUCUACUGUGUAAUUGAAAUGGCACCGGCGGUUAGGAAGUCGAGGAGUGUGAACAAGCGUUUCACCAAUGAACCUUCGCCGAGAAAAGACGCUGGGAGCUCUAGAAAAAAUAAGCAGCGUAAGGUGAAAAUGUCUGACAAGCUGGGACCUCAGUGGAGCAAAGCAGAGCUUCAGCGUUUCUAUGACUCUUACAGAAAGUAUGGGAAGGACUGGAGAAAAGUGGCUGCUGCGAUUCGGAAUAGCAGGUCUGUUGACAUGGUGGAAGCCCUUUUUAACAUGAAUCGGGCAUAUUUAUCUCUUCCGGAGGGAACUGCCUCUGUAGCUGGCCUUAUUGCUAUGAUGACGGAUCAUUACACUGUCAUGGAAGGGAGUGGCAGUGAAGGAGAAGGCCAUGAUGUUCCAGAGGCGCCGAAGAAACAGCAAAAGCGCAAACGUGCAAAACCUCAGCUUAGUGAUUCUGGAGAGGAAGUGGAUAAGGAACAUCAAGUUGCGUCUACUGAUGGAUGUCUCAAAUUUUUGAAACAAGCAAGAGCUAAUGGAACUCAUCAACGUGCCACUGGCAAACGUACACCUCGGGUUCUUGUACAAACUUCACGAGAUGAUGGAGAAGGCUCUACUCCACCAAAUAAAAGAGUCAGAAAGCAACUUGAUGCCAAUGUUGUUGCAGAUUUUUUAGCAUUGACAUCAACAGACGCAUCUAGAAGGGAAGGGUCUCCACAAGUUUCUGAAUCACCAAAUAGAAGAACAGAACCCAACGACAACUCGCCAAUAAAGAGCUGGGGGAAAACGUCGGGAACGAGAAAAGCUCAACCGUGGGUGGGAAGUAGCCGAGGAAAGAAGCUUGAAUCUGAUGGAGAGGAUGCGUUGUUGAUGGAUAUGGAAGGAGUUGGGGAAAUGAAGGUUCCACGGAAGGUGAAAAGGGUCUACAAGAAAAGAGUCAAAGUCGAGGAAGCAGAAUGUAAUUAUUCUGAUGACAAUGGAGGGGCAUGUAGUGCCACUGAGGGGAGCAGAAAAAAAUCAAAGAGACGAAAGGCAGGUGCUGAAGCCUCCAGAGGCACAUAUUCACCACGCAGCCCAAAGAAAAGAGAUGACAAACUUACUACCGGAGAUGAAUUUGAUGCUCUGCAAGCCUUGGCUGAUUUGUCAGCUUCAUUGCUUCCGGGAGCAUUUAUGGAAUCAGAAUCUUCUCCCCAGUUGAAGGAAGAGAGAAUAGAAAACGAAAUGGAAGAGAAAUCUAGCUCACCAGAAGCCACGUCGCUAAGAAGCCAUGGGGAAAAAGCAGAUUCAGAACCAGAUGAUAGUCUCCUUCAUGCAAUUUCUGCUAUUGGGAAUGCUGUUUACAGUAGAAAAUCAAAAACUUCAAGGCAACCAUCCACUGAUUGUAAUGCUGUUCCCACGGAGAAGCUAGAACCGGAGCCUACUAGUGGCAGUUUAAGAAGACAGCGGAAACCAAAGAAGCUUUGGGAUGAAACUCCAACUGAAUCUACUCGGAAGAAAUCCACAAACAAGAAAGAAUUGGCUCAAGAAGACCUUAAUAUAAAGUCUUCACUCAAAAUAAAACGCUCUGGUCAAGGCUCCCUUCAGUCAAAACAGUUGAAAGCUGUUAAGGAGUUGGAGGAAUCCACUACAACGAGUGAUAAGAAGAGAUCUGUGAUUGAUGUAGAAGUGGCAACUAAAGAAGUUUCUGAUUCGGGUCCAGCCAGUUUACCGCAGAAGCCUCCAAACAGGCGUAAGAUCAGUCUGAAGAAAAGCUUGCAGGACAGGGAUAAAUCUUCUAAACUCAUGCAUAAAGCUGCCCGUAGCUCGAGAUCUCUUUCAGAACAUGAGUUGUUACUAAAGGAUAAGCUUUCUACUUCUCUAUCGCAUCCCUUGGCACGUCGAAGGUGUAUAUUUGAAUGGUUUUACAGUGCUAUCGACCAACCCUGGUUUGCAAAGAUGGAGUUUGUCGAUUACCUAAAUCACGUAGGACUUGGUCACAUUCCAAGACUUACUCGUCUUGAAUGGAGCGUCAUUAAAAGCUCACUUGGUAGACCCCGAAGAUUCUCCGAGAGGUUUUUACAGGAAGAGCGGGAGAAACUCAAACAGUACCGUGAGACUGUGAGAAAGCAUUAUACAGAGCUUAGAACUGGUGCUAGGGAAGGGCUUCCUACAGAUUUGGCUCGUCCUUUAGCAGUUGGGAAUAGAGUCAUUGCCAUCCAUCCCAAAACACGAGAGAUUCAUGAUGGGAAAAUUAUCACUGUUGACCAUAGCCAAUGCAACGUUCUGUUCGACGACUUGGGCGUUGAGUUAGUUAAGGACAUUGAUUGUAUGCCUUCAAGUCCGUUAGAAUACAUGCCAGAGGGUCUAAGGAGGCAAGUUGAUAAGUGUUUGUCCAUAAAGAAAGAAGCACAGCUAAGUGGUGUGUCUGUUAUAUUCCCUCCAUCCGGACUUGAAAAUGUCGACUUUUCCAUGAAUCAAUCUCUGAAUCAGGGUGGUAUGAUUGCUCCCAUUCUGCAUGGUAAAGUGUUAACCAACACUAACAGUAGCCCACAUCAGACUAAUCAGCCACAUAUCAUAAAUUAUAGCAAAGGACGAGAACCUGAGAUUCAACGAGCAGUUGCACUACAGCAUGCUUUAGAUGAAAAGGCUGCAUCAUCUGUGAAGGAAGGAGAAGAUGCUAUCAAAAUGAUCCAAGAAGCCUUAGAUAUGGUUGGCAGACAUCAGCCGUUGCGGAGCUCUAUGGUCAAACAUGAAGAGCAUGCAAAUGGCGGCAUAGAGCAUCAACAAAACACAUCUCCCUCAGACGCAUCAAAGACUAUGGCUACCAACGGUUUCAUCUCACAAGAUGGUUCAGAGAAAAACGAAGCUCAAAUGUCUGCAGAGUUAAUUACAUCCUGUGUUGCCUCUUGGCUCAUGAUUCAGAUGUGCACGGAGAGGCAGUACCCUCCAGCUGAUGUGGCACAGCUUAUAGACACAGCAGUUACAAGCUUGCAGCCUCGAUGCCCCCAGAACCAACCAAUCUACAGAGAAAUCCAAAUGUGUAUGGGACGAAUCAAGACUCAAAUCCUCUCUCUAGUACCAAGUUAA